AUUGGUUUUAUCAUCCAGAGAAUAACUGCUGCAUUGCAUGAAUGGUUUCCACAGGAUGUUAUCAAUAAAACUGGAUGACAUCACGUCCCUGUUAUAAGCAGCUGAAAGGAAAUUGAGCCGUCGAGACUUGUUGAGGUGCCCAGGAUGUACUUUUGCAUGUCAAGCAAUGAAAGCAAUGAACAUGCAAAGACAAAAGGCUAAAGACAAGGAACAAAGUCCCAUGGAAAACGCAAAUAUCUUUUCUUUGCUCUUUUUCUGGUGGAUGAAUGACACCUUAAAACUUGGAAGCAAACGACCCUUACAGGACGAAGACCUUUUCCCGCUUCAAGAUGAAUUCAAAACGGAGGCACUAGUUGAAAAACUCGAGACAGAAUGGUAUAAAGAAAGUGAUUCCUGCGCUCGCAAGAAUAAGCACCCUCGACUCUGGAAAGUCAUGUUUAGGAUGGUUUCCCACAAGAAGUACUUGAUAUUCGCAACUGUCAAGUUAAUUCACUCGGUGUCCAAUAUAUUGCUUCCACUUACGGUGUGGUUCUUCCUACGAAGUCUAUCUGAGGGUACCAACGGUAAUCAAGUCUCUACGACAAUGCACAUUAUUGGGAUCUCUGUGGUUACUGUGGUGAAAGGGAUGUCCCACCACCAUGCAUUUUUCCUGGGAGGAAUUUACGGAAUACAGCUGAAGGUCUCUGUCAUCGGAGUGAUUUACAAGAAGAUUCUGACAUUAAAUCGACGUUCCCUAAAUGAAGUCAUCUCUGGUCAAACAAUCAACCUGGUCUCAAACGAUGCCAAUCGCCUAAAGGAUGCUGGUUGGAGUAUUAUGUUCCUUCUAUUUGCCCCAGUAGAGAUUAUCUCAUCCGGGAUUCUGCUUUGGCAUCUGAUUGGCUGGCAGGCUCUGGUGGGAGCCGGUUUCUUCUUGGUGGUGAUAACGUACAUUUCUGUGCUGUCCAGGAAAGCGGGUCAGCUGCGGGAAAAGGCAGCUUCCGUGACGGACGAACGACUUGAGAUUAUGAACGAAGUUAUUGGCGGCAUCCGUGCAGUUAAGAUGCAUGCAUGGGAAUGGAAAUUCAGAGACAUGAUAAGAAACUUGAGAAGGAAGGAGAUCAGCUACAUACGUUUAAGAGGAGCCAUUCUUUCAAGUUUUGACGCUCUCUACUUUACCAAUACUCCCAUCGCUACAUUCAUUUCCGUUACAACUCUGCUCCUUACAAACAACUACCUUACAGCGUUUCAGAUUUUUACCUUAUUGUCGACUUUGAACGUUAUAAAAUUCUCGGUUUCUGUCUCAGUGGGAGAGACACUUCACUUGUUAGCAGACGUUAAAGUUUCGUUGGACAGAAUACAGAACUUUUUAGAAACGAAUUCUUCAUCCGUUGCCAUGGAAAACGCCACACAUAGAACAAAUAAUGGAUGUGACAGUCCCACUUUCGAUUGGCGACAUGUCAAGGAGGGAAAGUUUAAUUUUUCUGAAUUUGCAGACGUUUUCACGUUACCUGAAGAAAAUGAAUUGAGUGAAUCAAGCUGUGAGAGAAAUAACUCAGAAUCCCGGAUUUCUUUGAACAAUGUUUCCUGCAGCUGGAACGAGACAGAUGAUUUGCAGACUUUACAAAACAUAUCCAUAGAAAUUGGCAAUAAGCAACUUGUGGCCAUCACGGGACCUGUCGGUUGUGGCAAGACCUCUCUUCUCCAAGCAAUACUCGGCGAACUGCCCUGUCACAGCGGAGAGAUUACGUAUUCUGGAAGCAUUGCAUAUGUUCCUCAACUUCCAUGGGUCUUUUCUGGAACAGUACGGGAAAAUAUUACCUUUGGAAAAUCUCUUGAUACUGUGAGGUAUCAGAAAAUUCUUCAAGCGUGUAGCUUGGAGAAGGACCUUCAGCAGUUCUCCAAAGGCGAUUUUACACACAUUGGGCAACGAGGGGUAAGUCUUAGUGGUGGCCAGCGGGCGCGAAUAUGUUUAGCCCGUGCACUUUAUGCAGACGCCAACAUCUUUUUACUGGAUGAUCCAUUCAGUGCUGUUGAUUUUCAAGUUGGCAGCCACUUGUUCAAAGAAUGUAUCCUUGGUCUGCUCGCUGAGAAAAUUUGUGUCUUGGUGACUCACCAACAUCAGUUCCUGACUAGGGUCGAUACCAUAUUUGUAAUGAAGCAAGGUACCAUUGUUUGCCAUGGAAAGUAUAACGAGCUUCAAAGCAAAGAUAUUUUGUCCAAACUUGUAGUUGUUGGGAAAGAAAAAGAAAGAAAACAAUCUGUUAGUAACAUCAGGUACUUACGGAAGAGGCUGAGUGCUAUGUCCCUGGUCCUGUCUACGGAUGAAGGGGCUCAUAACGACCUGGAAGAGGAAGACGAGGAAAGGAUGGUAGGAUCAGUCACUUGGCGUCUUUAUUGGCUUUACUUCCGAUCUGCUUUUCCAGCUGUCUUGUUGUUCUGCCUGUUCUUUCUGGUUUUGCUUGUUCAAGUCUUCCUCGUCUCCCCUUACUGGUGGUUGUCGCAAAUUGCCAAUAUGACAUUUAGCCAGCAAAGGAAUGCCGUGACGCUUGGAAUCUAUGGAUCUUUAGUGAUAGGCACUCUUCUCCUGUCAACAGUUGUUUCUUCCUUCUUUUUCUACACUCUUCUGCGCGCAUCACAGAAACUUCACGACAAGAUGACCACAGCAGUCAUUAAGGCCCCAGUUAUUUUCUUCGACACCACGUCAGCCGGACGCAUUCUAAACCGCUUCUCCAAGGAUAUCGGCUGCAUGGAUGACACUCUACCCCCACAGUUCCUGCAUGCAGUUCAGCUGUGCCUCUUCUCUCUUGGAGCUACCUUGCUUUCUGCUGCAACUAACUAUUGGCUCGUCAUCGGCAUCACGCCACUGGUGUUGCUGUUCCUUUACUUUGGGAGGUAUUACUUGAAGACAUCUAGAGAGUUGAAGAGGGUAGAGGCGAUCAAGUGCAGUCCAGUCUACGCACAUAUUUCAGAUACAGUAGCUGGUCUUGAAGUGAUACGAUCUUCUGGAAUGGAGUGUAGCUUUUUGCAGGAACUUUUCAGGUAGGAAAAGUCGUUGCCUGCAAGUUUUGAUGCGAACAAAGAAAGUUGUAUUAUGGCGUAUGAAGUAGAAAAUAUUACAUAAUGUAUCAAACACACGCAUACGAAAGACCGUGUUGGACCACAUCUCCAAACAUCGAGUAUU